GCAGCCGCCCUUCCAUGUCGGAUGAUACCUAUGCUACGCCUUGUGUUUGCUAUUUACCCGGCUGGAGGUCUUCUGGCGGCGAGGUGGAUUGCGUACGUUGCGAUGCUGACGGGAUGACGGGAGGGAAGCGUUUUCUUUGUGAGAGCUUGAUGGCGUGGAGACCGAUAGGUACCGAUACCGCGGCUUUGUUUGUGCUUUGUGCUUGUUGUGCGAGCACGUGGGAGAGCAGGCCUGCGGCUGGGUUGGCCCUGUGCGCGGUCGGGGAGCACGAUUUCUUCCCCGACGACGACCACCACCACCACCGCAGAUAAGCAGACCCU